GCGAGAAUCGGAGUCGCCGCAAGAAGAUCCGAAAGCGGCGCGGCGCCGAGUAAUGGCGAGGAGCACAUCUGGAUUCGCCGUCGUUCGCUGGCACGCCGAUUCCUUCGGCUACAAAUUUCCCGACGGGAGGGAGGCAGCGGCGUUUUCCAUCGUUGCAGAUGCAUGCGCCUCCACUCCAACCCCGCCGCCUCGUUCCAAUCUUCCCUUGACCGAUCGAGAGCAUCACCCAUGGCCGGUGGAUUUAGGCAGUCGGAGUCGGCUAAUAGAGACCCUCAAAAUUCUUCUUUUGGUGAGAGCAGCGGCAACAGUGAGCCCUGCAACUUCGAGUGCAACAUCUGCUUCGAGUUGGCGCGAGAUCCGGUCGUCACGCGCUGCGGUCACCUCUUCUGCUGGCCCUGCCUUUACAGAUGGCUUCAUGGCCAUUCUCACUCUUCCGAAUGCCCUGUCUGCAAGGCCAUUGUCGAAGAAAAGAUGUUAAUCCCCCUCUACGGCAGAGGAGACAACUCCAUAGACCCAAGGUCUAAGUCGGUGCCGGAUAUGAACAUUCCUCAACGUCCGGCAGGGCAGCGGCCAGCCUCUGCCCCACAGCCCGAUCCCAACCAGUUCCAGUACACAAACCCAUGGUUUAUGGGUGGUGCCCCCAUGGCGAGCACCAGAUUCGGGAGCUUGACGUUCUCUGCUGCUAUCGCUGGACUGUUCCCUCUGCUCAGCUUUCAUGUUCAUGGAUUUCCAGAUUCGACUGCUUAUGGUCCAGUUGCUGCUACUCCAUAUUACAAUGGGUUCCAUGGUGGGCAUGUUCAUGGGUUCCCGAGACAGGCGCACCAUGGACAGCAGGCUGAUGUCUAUCUGAAGGCAUUGCUGUUUCUAGUUGGUGCUUUGGUAAUCGUUAGUCUUGUUUGGUUUUAGGCCAUCCUGUUGUUUGGUGGUCUGCUGCCAUUAUUCACAAUAGAAGCAUUUGCCACAUUUGAAUUUUUUGGUCCUCAGUUGUAGAUGUACCAUGCUAAUUGAUUGUUUCUAAU